UCGUUAUGGUCACGAAGUAAAGAAUUGUGAUAGUAAACAUCGGUGUUCGAAGUGCAAUAAGGCACAUCAUACAUUGUUACAUCGGGAAGAUAUUACAUUGGGUAAUUCGACAUCUGAUGUCCCUCAAAAUUCGAGUUCCAGUCCAUCUAGUUUGGGAAAUAAUGCAACAUCACCCCGCCAGGUGUUCCACACCGCACAGAACAAAUCUGUACUUUUAGGUACGGCGGUUGUGAAUAUCGUUCACCAAGGUGUUUGUAUCCUGCUAGGGCGCUAAUAGAUCCUGCGUCAGAGUCCUCUUUUAUUUCAGAGCGACUCCAAAAUCGUUUCAAGCUUCCCGUAUAUCCUGCUAAUGCUGUUGUGUCAGGAGUUAAUCGUUCCCUCUCGGCUUCUGCAAGUAAAGUCCACUCGAUAAUUCUUUGGCAUUAGAAACAAGUGUUUUAGUGUUGCCUACUAUUUCAGAAAAUCUUCCGUCAUUUGGGGCCAAUUCUGACUUGAGAACCCGAAUCCCCGACAUUCGCUUGGAGUUAGGAGCCGAUCUUUACCCCAAUAUUGUUUUAGAUGGUUUUCGUUCGUUUUUGUCUGGAGCUUAGCUGGCUCAAAAUUCAGUGUUCGGCUGGCUUGUCACGGGUCCUAUACCAGCAGCACAGGACCACCAAUAAUAGAGCAUUUGUGGAUCGAUCCCCCCUGAGCUUUUGGUUGACGCUCAAUUAUUAUCGUAUGUUGGAGCUAGUAGUCACAAACCUGUGGGCGUUAGGUGAAAUUUGAUUUUAGAUUUUUUGUCUACUUUGCAGUUAACUCUACGGUUAAUAACCCCAGUUAAACUAAGAGGGAAGUUCUUUCGGCUUUUGCGAAAAUGUUUCAUCCCCCAAUGAUUGUUGCAGCGGAGAAGAUUAACUUUUAACAGCUACUGAGGCUGAUUGGAAAAGUUUUUUUUUUCGAUGUCGCACAGUUCUGACGAAAUAGUCGCGUCGACGCCAAGACAUUCCCUUAUUUGGACCCCCUUUGUUAGCAACGCCUGAACCUCUCAUCACAGAGCAACCAUUAAACUUCGUUAAUCGGUCUAAGAAAGUUCAGGCCCUCGCCCACCAGUUUAGUUUGAGGUGGAAAGAGGAAUAUUUGAAACAUUUACACAAUGGAAGUUUCCAGAGCGCGAGAUAUCCAUAGACAAUCUAGUUGUUGUUCGUCAUGACCAGCUUCCGCCAACGUCGUGGAAAUUAGGCCGUGUCGUAAAUGUUCAUCCGGUAACGUUCAAGUCGCGGACGUCCGAACCGAGAACGGCGUUGUAAGACGGUCCACCACCAAGUUGGGCCGAAGACGAUCUCUUGAACGUGGAUGACGGUAAUGCCACCCCGGAUUGUCCCCCCACUGAGACCACAUUGUCCGAAUCCUCUCGGGAUUCAUCUGCGGCCUCACACAAAUAUCGCCUUUGUGAUCGCUUGCACCCGCUUGAUAGAUGUAGCGACUUCCGAGUCAAAAAUGUUGACAUGCGACGUAGAAUUGUUGUUGAAUUUAAUGAUUGCAUACGGUGUUUAGCGAAAUCCCACCAAGUCAGGGACUGUCAAAGUAAAAGAAAGUGUGCCGUAUGCAACGAAGAUCGCCACAAUCUUCUUCACGUUGAUUUGAAGACCGUGGUUACACCCAUAAGUAAUAGUCGGCGUCAUCCGCAUACGGAUUAUAGGCACCGUUCGCGUCAUAGUCCAUACUAUCGUCCGACUGAAAAUGCUUCCCCCUCGCAUGUAGGACUGGUCAGCUUGAUGUCCCUCCAGUCUGGUAUCUGCCUUUCCCCGACUUUGUUAGCCAAAGUUGAUGCUUUUGGCCGUCCCUCUAUCGUGAUUGCGGUAUUGGACCAAUGUAGUAGGCAGAGUCAGAUAUGCUCCUCUCUGGUGCAUAGUAUUCGUAUCCCUACUUCUAGAAUCGAUGGUAGCCAUAUAUGUAGGCUUAAUCUCACCUCCAUAUACGACCGGAGUCAGUCCUUGUCAAUUGUGGCUGUGGUGACCCAUCUAGACCAUGCGCGUACGCCUACAGCGGCAAUCCCAGAGCGCAUAAAAGACUCCUUUCUUGGUCUUCCUUUGGCAGAGCCCGAUUUUAAUAGGCCUGGUCGGGUGGCCCUUGUACUUGGGCCGGAAGUCUAUUCCAGGGUCGUAACACAUCGGGUGCAUGGGACACCAGGGUUACCGAUAGCCCACUACACCAUAUUUAGGAGGGUAUUGUCGGGCAUAUGUAACAUAUAGUGUUACAAAAUGUUUUUUAAAGAAAACGAAUUGAAUUUAAAAUAAAGAAAAAAAGGGAAUUGAAUUGGAAAAAAAGUUGAAAAAUGUAAUUAUGUAUUGUAUUUUGGUUAAAACAUCUCAAUAUGUUGCCUAACUACUUGUAAAUGAUUAACAUCGUUGAAAUCUGUCAAUGUCAACAAAUUUCAACGAGUGGCGAAUGGCGCCAACGCCGCCUCACUUCAUGUUGGGAUCGUUGUUUUGUUGUUAAUCACUCUCUUCUUCUAUCGCCCCGAUACGAACGAAGGCUCUCUGCCCAAAAAGGUUUUGAAUCGAUGAUAUUGCAAACUCCACAACCUGUUGCAUUUCCAAUAACCGAAGCAUCGGUCGCCCCUAUUGACGUGCUAUUAGAUUUGAACUCGUUAAUUUUUCGAGGGCCUGGUAAGAGGGAUUUUCUGAAGUUGUCUAAUAUGUCUAAACUUUCCGUGCAGUUCAGCGAGUUCUUAUACAUUGGUAAAGGAUUAGUGUCCAUAAACAGGGAUUGAAGGUGUGACAUUGAUAGGACUGGCUACUGGAUGAUUGAUAAUGGUACGAGGAGCUGCUAUUUUGCUGUACUUUAUUUUAGUCAUUCUUCUGCUAUUUCAUCAUUAAAGUUUCUUAUAAUACGA